AUGACGGUGGCGGCUCGGAUUGCGGCGCACACACACGUGCAAGGUCUGGGUUUGGACGCGGAUGGGCGUGUGAUUCCGGGGACGGCGACAGGGUUGGUCGGUCAAGCGGCGGCUCGGGAGGCGGCCGGUCUGUUGAUGGACUUGGUGCGUGCGAAGAAGUUGGCGGGCAAAGCGGCAUUGUUGGCCGGGCCGCCGGGUACGGGGAAGACGGCGAUUGCCUUUGCGCUGAGUCGUGACUUGGGUAGCCGUGUGCCGUUCUGUGCGUUGAGCGCGGCGGAGGUGUAUUCGCAAGAGGUGAAGAAGACGGAGAUUUUGACGGAGUGUUUCCGACGCGCAAUUGGGUUGCGGAUCCGCGAAGUGAAAGACGUGUAUGAGGGCGAGGUGCUCGAACUCUCUGUCGAGGAGACAGAGAAUCCCCACGGCGGUUUCGCCAAGGCGAUGUCGGCAGUGGUCGUCGUGCUCAAGACGAGUGCGGGCACGAAGACCCUGAAGCUGGCGCCGCAGAUCCACGAAGGUCUGCAGGCGCAGCGUGUCAACGUGGGCGACGUGAUCUACAUACAGGCGCAGACGGGCUAUGUGAAGCGACUGGGACGGUGUGAUGCCUACGCAGCCGAAGUGGACCUGGACACGGAAGAAUUUGUGCCCCUGCCAAAGGGUGAGGUGUUCAAGAGCAAGGAGGUGGUGCAGGACCUGACGCUGCACGAUCUGGAUGUGGCGAAUAGCAAGCCACAGGGUGCAAGUUCAGACAUCGCCACCGUGAUCUCGCAAUACCUGACUCCGCGGAAAACGGAGAUCACUGACCGACUUCGACGGGAAGUGGACAAAAUCGUGGAUAAAUACAUUACUGAUGGACUCGCCGAGCUGAGUCCCGGUGUGGUCUUCAUCGACGAAGCACAUAUGCUCGAUCUCGAAUGUUUCGCGUUCCUUAACCGAGCAGUCGAAUCGGAACACGCACCUGUGCUCAUUCUAGCCACGAAUCGAGGCGUCUGUCGAGUGCGAGGAGCACUAGACAUCACCUCACCCCACGGCAUACCCGUCGACUUCCUGGACCGUCUUCUUAUCAUCAAAACGGUGCCUUACACCGUCGAGGAAGCCAUCACAAUCAUCGGCAUCCGCGCGAGAACUGAAAAGACGGAACUCACACCCGACGCGCUCCAACGUCUUGGCGAGAUCGGCAGUAACACCUCUCUGCGUUACGCCAACCAACUCCUCGGCCCAGCAGCCAUCAUAGCAAGAACACAACAACGUGAACAAGUUACCAAAGAAGAUGUUGAUGAAGCAGACUCCCUAUUCUUGGACGCCAAAGCCUCAGCACAAAGACUCAUUAGAGAGAAACAAUGGUUCGCCUAA